AUGGCUGCUUUUUGCCGGAUCCUUCUCCUGUUGUCUGCGGCCGCGGCCUCCUCGGCGCCGCCCAGGUCCCAGCGGACGGAGAGAGGGCUCCUGGAGCUGGCCGGAGCCAUCAAGUGCAGCACGGGGAGGUCCGCCUUGGCUUACAUGGUGUACGGGUGCUACUGUGGCCUGGGGGGUCAGGGCUGGCCCAGGGACAGGGCCGACUGGUGUUGCCACAGGCACGAUUGCUGUUAUGGAGAUGCGGAACGUCUCGGCUGCCAAACCAAAACCGACCAGUACCAGUGGACCUGCGAGGACGAGAAAGCCGAGUGCGAUGAUUUGAAGGACAAAUGUGAAAAGCUGCUGUGCAGGUGUGACAGAGACGCUGCCAGAUGUUUGAGGAAAGCACCUUUCAUCCCCAAAUUUGCCCUCUGGCCAGAUUUCCUGUGCGGUCACGAACACCCAAUGUGUAACAUUUACUGACACAAUAAAUGCAUCUGCCAUGUGCCAAUCAAACACAACAAUGGUUAUUGCAUAAUAAUUCCAGCUGUGCUGGUUUUUUCACUGUCACCAAACUCUUUUAAUAAAAC